AUGGUCAUCAUCGCGGCGUUGGCGGUGGUGAUGGUGAAGGUCCCCCUGAUGGCCGCAGCAAGCAGCGUGAAGUCCUUCCAGGACAUCUUGGAGCACGCCCCGGUGUCGCUCGAGCACUUCUUGACUGGGUACCGAGCCGCAAUGGUCGGAGUACCGGCGUGCAACGACUGCGUAGAGUCGGUAUAGAGCAUCUCCGUCCUUUUUUUGUGGUAAACAUUUGACCAGCAGGUGUUGCAAGCGGUACAGCGUAGAGUGCACUAAGAUGCGAGCUGUUUGCAUCAGCUCGCGUGGCGAUAACAGCAUGUUCUUGUAUUAUGUAACGGUUGUAGAAUGGGCCUUUACUUUUAUGGAUCAUUGUGCCUCAGCCCUCCUCGAGACAUAGUCUCUGGUGUCUGUGUCGAUCACUCGGGGUCGUACUCGUAUUAUCGUGUCUUGCUUGGUCCAGUCGAAACCAUCUUGUGUCCUCGCGGCUGCGCUGAGCGUACCUGUUGUGCACCCUUGUUGCACGUUGUGUUGAAAGACAUUGGGAAUAAGCUGUUGGUUUGUGUUCGUGCUUGACCGUCCCAGUACAUGGAACCGAAGCAUUUCUUGACACGUGCAUACGAUUAAUUGUGCAUUGGUUCCGGAGGUAUAUUGCUGUGGCUUGAGUCGAAAACGGUCAAGGUUGGGCUUGAUUGCGGGCUAUAGCUAGAUCGAG